UCUUGCGGAACGCCGUCCAUUCGUAGAUUCUCUGCUAACGUAUCGCUCGUCGUGUAAAGACGCGUAAUAACGUCGUUCGUUCGCUCGUUCCUCGUGAUACUAUCUCCAUUUUCCUUUUCUCCGCCGUGAAACAAAACCACGAGCAUUCCCGUCGAGUCGUCGAGAGUCUCCGGACGACAUACCAAAAAGUCAGAAAGAUAAAGUUGGAAAAGGAACGGAACGCAAAUUAUUAUCAUCCCUAGGAAUACGUUAAUUGGAGCAUAAUAUGUCAGCGCACGGAAUAGCCGUGCCCGGUGGCGAUCCAUCUGACAAUCAGAUGUUUUGCUUUCAAGUGACGGAAGAUGAUCUGAAGGAUCAACUGGGCGACGUCAUUAGAGAAGCGUACGAGCGAGAGGAUAUGCUGGAUGUGACAUUGUGCGUCCAAGGAGAACGAAUACGAGCCCAUCGGCCCGUUUUAUAUGGUUGCAGCGAAUUUUUUAAGGAAAUUUUUAAUCAAACCAAUCAUGAAGAGACUGUAUUUAUAAUUGAUGAUGUGUGUGCUGAAGAUAUGAAGUCACUCAUCCAUUUCAUUUAUUAUGGACAAGUUCAGAUCGAAGAAAAAUAUGUUGACAGAUUUUUGGAGGCUUGUCAUUUCUUAAAAAUUUUUGGAUUCUCAAAUAUAGCAGGAUUUGAAUUUGAAGAAUCAAGUGAAACGUCGAAUGAUCAAGAUAUCUGUGAAUUUGAUACCUCUAGUGAAGCAAACUUAACUGAUACACACAUAUCAGAUUCAAAUACUAGUACUGAAAUUCCUUUACCAAGUUUUUCUAUAGAAAAUCAUACAUCAAUUACUGAUAAUCAGAAAACUCCAUCAACUACUGAUUUUAAAAAAGCUUUAUCAACUACCAAUAUUAAGAAAUCUCAAUCGAUUGCUACUACUGAAGAUGCCCCAAGUUUACCCGUUCAGCCAACAAAAAGAAGAAGGUUGUCUGAUUGUCCAUUGGGAAUUAAAUUGACUAAACGGAAAAGUAGUCUUAAAAGAGUAUACACUGAUGAGCAGUUAGAGGCAGCAAUUGCUGAUAUUCGAGCAGGAAAAUCAUUGAUAGACACUGCUAUUCAACAUAAGAUUCCAAGAUCUACUUUGUAUGUGAGAGCAAAAGUCUUAAAUAUACCUUUAGCUCCAACAAAAAAUGACUACACACAUGAAGAUAUGAGAGCUGCAAUCAAAUUAGUUCUUGCUGGAUCAAGCUUACAACAAUCAGCAGACUGUUAUGGAAUUCCAAAGACUGUAUUAUGGAGAAGAAUUCAAAAAGAAGGGUGUUACAGAAGUCGAAGAGACAAAAAAACUUAUCCAGAAGAAUCUAGAAAGGCAGCUGUAAAAGCAUUAGAGAAAGGCGAACCACUGUGUAAAGUUUCGCAAGAGUAUCAAAUACCAAAAACAACAUUGUUCAGGGAUAAAACCAAAUUAAUUGAUCAAGGUAAAUUACCAUCAACGAUGUAUAAAAAGCGAAGUAAAGUAGAAGAAGAAAUCAAAAGUUCACGUUUAGAAGAGGCAGUAGCAGCUUGUAAAGACGGUAUUAUGUCACAAAGUGCUGCUUCUGUUAGAUUUCAAGUACCAAAAACCACCAUUUGGAGAAGGCUUCAAAAAAAUAAAACUUCUAAUACAGGAAAAGGUCAUACAUGUAAAACCAACAACAUAACUUUUGUUAAGAACGGUGAAGACAUCGAUGACAAUUUUGAAGAUUAUUUAGAUCAGACUGAUGAAAAUUUGGAUGCUGCCUAUACUUAUGUGAAUGAAAAUCAAAUUCCCAGUGAAUCUGUAAUUGUCUUAACUCAAGAAGAUGUAGAAAGUCUGAAUAUACCAAAUGAAGAAUCAGUAGUUCUUGUUGAACAAGACAACGUAGACACUAAUUUUGUAUCUUGUGGUCUACAUUUAGAUGAUAGUUCUCAAAAUGUGAUAGAAAUGAAAUUUAGGAUGGACAAAUAAUUAAAAUAUUUUCAAAUCGUUUCUUCAACGAUUA